AUGCCUCAGACUCCACCGUUCACGGGGCAGCUGAACACAGGCAGCUACAACAGAACCUGUACCAGGCCAAGGAGGAGGGCUACCGGCCUCUACUAUCAUGACAACAACCUGGUGUCCGGGUCCCUGGAGGCCCUCAUCCGCCACCGUCCAACUGGGGACUACUAUCCAGAUAGGACGUACAUCUUCACCUUCCUGCUCAGCUCUCGCCUCUUCCUCCGACCGUACGAGCUCAUGUCCAGGGUCUGUCACCUGUGUAUGGAGCAGCAGCGACCCGGCGACCCCAGGCUGACAAGAGUGAGGAAGAAUGCCCCCAAGAUCCUCCAGCUGCUGACCGAGUGGACGGAAAUUCCGUAUGACUUCAGGGACGAGAGGAUGAUGCGCAGCCUGAAGGAGCUGACCCACCGACUGGCCAGCGGAGAGGAGUCGGUGUACAGGAAGGCGGUCGGGCAGAUGAGCCAGGGCCUGAUCAGGAGGUUGACGGUGCUCAGCCAGUACGAGGAGGCGCUGGUGAAGAUCAACGCCACGGCGGCCGAGCGGCUCACGGCCCUGAAGGCGAAGCCGCAGGCGUCCAUCCAGAGGGACAUGCUGUCCAUCUGCAACGACCCCUUCACCGUGGCCCAGCAGCUCACCCACAUAGAACUGGAGAGACUGAGCUACAUCGGACCUGAAGAGUUCGUCCAGGCCUUCGUCCAGAAAGACCCUCUCGACAAUGAUAAGAGCUGCUUCAGCGAUCACAAGAAGGCCAGCAACCUGGAGGCCUACGUGGAGUGGUUCAACAGACUCAGCUACCUGGUGGCCACAGAAAUCUGCAUGCCCGUGAAGAAGAAGCACCGAGCUCGAGUCGUCGAGUUCUUCAUCGACGUGGCGCGGGAAUGUUUCAACAUCGGCAACUUCAACUCCCUCAUGGCGAUCAUCUCUGGGAUGAACAUGAGUCCUGUGUCUCGGCUGAAGAAAACCUGGAGCAAAGUCAAGACGGCAAAGUUCGACAUCUUAGAGCACCAGAUGGAUCCUUCCAGCAACUUCUACAACUACAGGACGUCUCUGAGAGGAGCCACGCAGAGAUCCAUCACCGCCAACAGCAGCCGGGAGAAGAUCGUCAUCCCUUUCUUCAGCCUGCUCAUUAAAGACAUCUACUUCCUGAACGAGGGAUGUGCCAACAGGCUGCAGAACGGACGCAUCAACUUUGAGAAAUUCUGGGAACUCGCCAAACAAGUGAGUGAGUUCAUGGCCUGGAAGAAAGUGGAGUGUCCGUUUGAGAAGGACCGGAAGAUCCUGCAGUACCUGCUGACGGCUCCGGUGCUGCCUGAGGACGCUUUGUAUCUGGCGUCAUACGAGAGUGAAGGUCCUGAGAACCACAUGGAGAAGGACAGAUGGAAGUCUCUGAGAUCCACUCUGCUAAGCAGGGUCUAAACCUCCGAGCUGAAGAAACCCAGUUGGAAGACAAACCCCCGACAAGGAAGCCAAACCUUGUCCAAACCAAGUAUUCCCGUAUCGGAAGGGAAAAGACAAUCUCUACUCUGGCUGGCGAGGACGUUUUGUUCCCUCCGGCUUCAGAUUUCUACCAAGCUCUGCUUUUCCUUACGCUCCUGCUCGUUUUUCAUCUUUGUAUGACUUUGUAGGGUCUUUGUAAAAAAAAGAACAACAACAAGAGAGACGCCACAGACUGUCAGAAUAAAAGCACGGGCAGGUGCUUGUGCUCGUCCGGAACAUUGGACGCCGACAAACGAGCGUCAACGGACUCGUUCCUCUGCCACUUGUUUUUCCACUGAAACUACAACGUUAGCUGCCGGUUGGCUAACGCUCUCUGGUUCCACAAGCCAGCACUCUGAACGGGGAUCGAACCUGAACACACGAGUUCCUCACGAAGCCAUGGUCUCCCGCUCCGUCUCUUUUCCUUUCGUACGAGCUUCUUUCCCGCUUCGUGUUCUUGAAGGUUUUUUGUUAAAUGUGAUGUUGUACGAGAAAAAUGCACUGGCUGCGUUUUUAAAAGAUAGAAAAUGAGUUGUUGUGUGUGUGUGUUGUAUAAAACUGUGUGAUUCUUGA